AUGGGAACAAUUUGUGACCAGGGGUGUGCCAAUGUCAGCGCAAUAAAUUACCUCAUAGAGGAAACAAGGGAGGAAUAUUUGAAGAAAAAUAAGGAAUUAAAACAUAAAGUUUUCAAAAUUGAUGGCAAAAAAAUAAUUCCAUUAUAUGACACACCCCACCUGAUAAAAGGAAUAAGAAAUAAUCUUCUAAGAAAUAAGGAGGAAAAAACUGCAAAAUGGGAGCACAUUGUGCAAUUGUAUAAAGAAGACCCAGGCUACCAAGGGCUAAGGUUAAUGCCAAAACUAUCUGAUAAACAUAUAAUACCAGAAAAAAAUUCAAAAAUGAAGGUUAAAUGUGCAACCCAAGUAUUCAGUCAAUCGGUAGCAGUUAACAUGGGAUAUUUAGCAAGCAAAGGAGUAAUUGAUAAAGAAUGCCAAGACACAGCCGACGUAAUAUUAUUCUUCGACAACCUGUUCGACUCUUUAAAUGGUAGUUACCUAAAUUCGAAAAAGAAAGCAGGGAAAGCUCUUCUAGGUCCAGUAAGACCCAACUCUAUCCAUAAAAAAGUUUGGCGUGAUGCUAAGCAAGUUUUACAUACCAUGAAAUUUGUUAAAAAUGGAAAAUCUACAGUUGUUCCAAGUAUAUCAAAUUGGCUCCAAUCAAUCGAAAAUAUGGAAUAUCUUGUUAAUCAAUUAGAAAAACGGCAUGAUUUGACGUCUCUUUGGAUGAGGCACUUUAAUCAGGACCCGCUCGAAAAUUUUUUUGGCAGCAUUAGAAGCCACGGGCAUAGAAAUGUGUCGCCCACAUGCGCUGGUUUCGAAGCUGCCUUCUCUUUAUUGAUAAAUAAUAUGAGCGGGUUGCAUUCAGAAGGUUCAAAUUGUGAGCAGGAUUCAUGUACUGUUUUUGAAUCUUUGAAUAAUAUAUUUUUUGAAAGUCCCUCUUUGACGUCAAAUCUAGCUGCUGAAACGCAAAUUGAUUAUGAAUACAUAAUGAGUAACAACAUCUUCAUUUUCAAAAAUUAA